AUGCCCACCAACUUCGAAGUCUUCGGGACCACCUCACCAACCUCGGCUCGCUCACCACCGUCCUCACGCCGGAGGCUACCUCUUCACAAGCAACUCCUACGCGGCGGACUACUGGAUCUCUCACGGCCCCGUCGGCUGCGCCUCGCAGGACGUCGCGGCGUGCCUGCCCGGCGGCCGGCAGCGGCAGCCGCUGCGGGACUGGCGCCGCGACGAGUUCACGCUGGCGUACUACUCGCCGGGGUACCGGUUCCCGGCGGGUUGGACCGCGGCGACGGCGGUGAAGGUGGUGGGAGUCUUGGCGACGGCGACGGACGUGUGCGAGGACGGCAAGGACGGCGAGCCGCUGCACGCGUUGGAGCUGAUCCUCGACGUCUUUGCCUUUACGGCGGUGCUCCGACGGCCGCAGGACGUCCAUCGUUCGAGGUCACGCUGCUCGGCGCGAAAGGUCCCCGGGUCGUGCCGGCGUCGGGCGCGCCGGUUAGGACGAGCCGCCUGCCGCUAACGGAGGAGGGCGUCUACGAGGUGUACCACACGGUCCCCAACGUGCUGCUCAUCAACGGCGGCCAGGAACCGACGGGGACGGCGGCUACGGCUACGAGUACGGGCGAGGCUGGCGGGGACGAGACGAAGAAGAGCUCCGGGAACGUAAAGAGUCGGAACGCGACUUCUCUCGCGGCCUUGUGCUCAAUGGUCGCUGCGGCGUGUGCUCUUUGUAUCUGA